UUUUGUUGCCGUUCUGCUUUCUCUUAAAUACCGUAGCAAAGAGAAACUGCCAACGAGUCCAGUCGUCCUUCACCGUGUAUUCGUCGGUUAUCCCGGCCAGUUGGCGAACGGUGGCGGCCAAGCAUCUGAGCAGGCGGGGAAAUGGUGGGCAGCACCGCGGUGAGCCCGAAACUCAUCGGACCGACGGCGAGGAGGAGGCACUCCGACCCCAUCGACGGGGACAGGCAAGCUUUCUACGUCGACGGUGACGGCGAGCGCCAUCUCCUGCUCCCUCGCGCCGUCCGUCGAGCAUUCUCGACGAGACACGCUGCGGGGAAGGCCAUCAUCGCCUUAGCGAUGCUUCUCGCUGUUACAUGCUUCUUCAGGAUCGCGUCCGUCAUCCCCCGCGACCUCGACGUCAGGAUGCGCGGCCGCAGAGAUGCCGGCGUCGCCCGCAUGAUGGUGCACACGGUCGCCGGCGGCGGUGAUGCCUUGAACGCGCAGAGCGCUCUCGCCGAGAACGAGCACCCACUGUCAAGGCGGCGUACCAGGAGCGAAGAAUUAAUGGUUCCUGAUAUUUGGUCAAAGCCAAAGAGUGACGGCUAUUAUCAGUGCAUUACGAGGCCGAAGAAUCGUAUAAGAACAGGAUCAGGCACAAAUGGUUACAUUCUGGUUCAUGCAAACGGUGGACUCAACCAAAUGAGAACAGGGAUCUGUGACAUGGUUGCGAUUGCCAAAAUCAUGAAUGCCACGCUUGUUCUUCCAUAUUUGGAUCACGAAUCCUUCUGGACGGAUCCAAGUGAAUUUUCAGACAUAUUUGAUGCGAAGCACUUCAUAGAUGUUCUAAAAGAUGACAUCGAGAUACUGGAGAGUUUACCACGAGAGCUUGAGAAGGUGAAGCCACAUACAAAAGCACCUAUUUCAUGGUCAAAGGCUAGCUAUUACAGAGGGGAGAUGUUAUCACUGUUGAAAAAGCACAAAGUUAUAAAGUUCACCCACACGGACUCUCGGCUAGCGAAUAAUGGUCUUGCUGGUUCCAUUCAAAAGCUCAGAUGUCGCACAAAUUACAAAGCACUUCAAUUCAAGCCUGAAAUAGAACAGCUGGGACAGAAACUUCUGGCUAGAUUGAGAAACGGUGGCAAACCCUAUAUUGCUCUGCACUUAAGAUACGAAAAGGACAUGUUAGCAUUUACUGGAUGCAGUCACAACCUCACAAAUGAAGAAGCAAAGGAGCUGCAGGAUAUGAGGUACAGAGUAAGGCAUUGGAAGGAGAAAGAGAUUAACAGUCAAGAGAGGAGAAUUCAAGGAGGGUGCCCUUUGGCUCCAAGAGAAACUGCACUUUUCUUGAAGGCACUGGGUUACCCUUCCACAACAACUAUCUACAUUGUUGCUGGGGAGAUAUAUGGUAAACAAAGUAUGGCUGCACUACAAAGUGAAUAUCCCAAUGUAUAUACACACUCGACGCUAGCAACAGAAGAAGAAUUGGAGCCUUUUAAACAAUACCAGAAUAGGCUUGCAGCACUGGACUACAUUCUAGCAUUGGAAAGCGAUGUGUUCGUUUACACAUACGAUGGAAACAUGGCCAAAGCUGUGCAGGGACACCGGAUGUUCGAAGGUUUUCGGAAGACCAUCAACCCCGAUAGGCAGAAAUUUGUGAAACUAAUAGAUCGGUAUGACCACGGUGAGAUAUCAUGGGAGAAAUUUUCAUCAAAAGUGAAGGAAAUCCAUGAAAAUAGGCUUGGAGCACCUUAUGCAAGGCAACCCAGCUCGUCCCCAAGGUUUGAGGAGAGCUUCUAUGCUAACCCAUACCCCGGUUGCAUAUGUGAUGAUAAGCCUCAGAGUAAGCCAGGAACAGGAUCAGCAUGGAUAAGCAGAUAGUUCUGCAGAGAAGUUUUGAAGCUUUAUGUCAAGAUCCUUGAAGCUACUUAGUUAUGUAAAAAGAUCGACAGGAAGAUGCACAGGUUCACGGAUAGUUAAUGAUAUUAUCCUGCGACAUUCCCACGUCUGAGAAGUGUUAUCCGCUGAGACACUGAAGACAUCAAAGUUCAGACUCACUAUCAGUAUCAGUACAGUGAACCCAAAGUUGAGACAGAGAAGAAAAAGGAAGCAGUUUGCACAUAAGUCUGCCCAUCCUCCAAUUUGUGGCCCCUGGAGGAUGUUUUACAUAAGCAUGAGAAUCUGUUUAUGAUCAUCAAUUCUUUCAUUCUUUCUUUUAAAAAGGGAUGUAGGGAAGGCAUUCGUCAAUAAAAUAAGCACU